AUGAGUACCCCCAGCCUUGGUGCUGACUCACUGGUCGAUCAGGCUGAGUCCUUCAAGGCAUUUCUCGGCCUCAACCAGCCGGAGCCAGGAGACAGGUUCUUUCUUGUUAUGGGCCUAACAGGAGCUGGCAAGAGCACAUUCAUCUCAAAUUGUACAGGUCAUCACGUCGUUGUAGGCCAUGGACUUUAUUCAUGUACUAACUCCAUUGGUGUUUACCAGUAUAUCAGCCAUGGUCAACGCAUCUUUCUCAUAGAUACUCCUGGGUUUAACGACACAAAUCGCUCUGAUAUUGAUACAUUAGAGAUAUUAGCAACAUAUCUUGGUGCUUCGUAUGCAAAUGGCGUACGAAUCAGCGGCAUUAUAACAUUGUAUCCUAUCUCGAACAACCGAAUGGCAGGGUCAAACUUAAGGAGCCUGGCAAUCCUGAACGCUGUUUCUGGAUUUGCUUCAAAUGAUAAUCUCGCCAUCGUCACCACCAUGUGGCCUGAAUCUGCAAGUUAUAUCGAAAAGACUAUUCUUGAAGAGCGAGAACUCGAGCUGUUGACAAAUCAUGAGUUUUUCGGUAAUCUUAUCAACAGAGGAGCAACAACAUUUCGCCACUAUGAGAGAGGCUACAGUAAAGCAGGCUCAGCACAACGGAUCGUGGAUAGCCUGGCCCGAAAACUAGAGGGCCAUUCGCCGGGUGUGCUUCAAUUACAACGCGAGGUCGUUGAUGAGAAAAAGAAUCUAGGGGAAACAACGGCAGGAAUAGCGGCCGCCGAGUACCUAUACAAAGCUCGCCGGGAACAUGACAAUCAUCUCAAACAACUGAAUACCGAGCUAGAAAGAACGUCAACGGGCUCAGAUGAGGAGUAUUUUCUUCAAUUACUGGAGCUGAAAGCUGAAGUGGAUAAAGAAAUUCAACAGACGGAGCAGGGUCGUCAAGCGUUGGUCAAGACCAUGGUAGAUCUACAUCAGACCGAGACAAAAUCGCUGAAGCAGCGAAUUUCCAACCUGCAGAGCCAGUUCGAAGCUGAAGUUCAAAACAAUGAGAUUAUGCUGCGAGACGUGCAAGAGUCUUAUGAUGCGCUUCAAAAGGAGGUGGCCCGCCUCACAAAUCACCCGCAGCAGCAACAACUUGUGGCACGUCGUACCAAACCCCAUCAAAAGGCUCUUCGAAAGGCCCAGAAAGAUGCUGAGAAAAGUCGUAGGGACCACCAGAGGGUUCAAGAGUAUACCAAGGAGAUUGUUGGUGGUGUUAUGAACGGGAUAGCUGCAAGUGCGGUUGCUGGUGUUAUGGGUGGCCUUAUGUGUACAGUGAUGUAG